ACACUUUUAAGGCUCAAAAGUGCAACAAGUAUUAGCUCUUCACUUUUGAAAUAUUGGGUUUGGGUUUAGUAAUGGAGGAGAGAAAUGAUGGUGAGAAGCUGGACGAAGUCUUGCUUCCAGGGUUUAGGUUUCAUCCAACUGAUGAAGAACUUGUAGGGUUUUAUCUCAAGAGGAAGAUUCAACAACGCCCUCUCUCUAUUGAGCUCAUCAAGCAAAUUGACAUUUAUAAAUACGAUCCAUGGGAUCUUCCAAAGCUGGCGACUACGGGGGAGAAAGAGUGGUACUUUUACUGCCCCAGGGACAGAAAAUAUAGGAACAGUGCGAGACCUAACCGAGUAACCGGAGCCGGGUUUUGGAAAGCCACCGGAACCGAUCGACCCAUCUACUCCUCGGAAGGCACCAAGUGCAUUGGUUUGAAGAAAUCACUAGUAUUUUACAAAGGGAAAGCGGCCAAAGGUAUUAAAACUGACUGGAUGAUGCAUGAGUUCCGGUUACCUUCUCUUACUAACUCGGCGCCGCCUAAGAGAUUCAUGGACAAAAACAACAUUCCUGCCAAUGACUCUUGGGCGAUCUGCCGGAUAUUCAAGAAAACAAAUUCUAACGCACAAAGAGCUCUCUCUCACUCAUGGGUAUCUCCCUUACCUGAAACCACCACCACCACCACCACCACCACCACUACUGAUUUACAGGCUAAAGGCUCAUACAACAGUCAGUUCAGUUGGGAGAACAUGUUACUGACAGCUAAAACCGCUUCAUCUCUCCAUUUUGAUUACAUUAACAACAAUAUACAACACUCAUCAACUCCAACUACUACAACAUUUUCUCCUUUAGAUCAUUUCGUCUCCUACAAGCCCAUUAACCCAAUGCCUAAUAAACCUCCACAACUCCCCGUUUCAACUGGAGACAUCUCCAUUAACUACUUAUUUUCACCUUUUGAAACACCUACUCCUGCUAAAUGCAAUAUUGAUGUUUCUUCAAUGCUGUUAAACAUGUCAUCGUCCCCCAUGCUGGGAGAUUUUGGUAAGGCUUCAGAGUGUUUAGAUUUUAUAGGAUCACAAGAGCAGUGUAGCGGGUUCUCAACAAGUGGUUUACCACAUGAAAUGCAAGUUGUGAACAUGAACAAUAAUGGAGAUGAUAAUAUUUAUGUAAAGAAUCAGAAUCAGAAUCAGAACGUGAUGCAUCAAGUUGAAGAUGAGUGGGAGAAUAGUGUUCGAUCCAUUGGGUUUCCGUUCAGUUUGCCGAUGAGUAUGGGUGAAGGUUGGAAGCCUAGCAUACUGUGGGAUUCUUCACCGUGCCCAAGUGAGAUGUCCACAAGUGUUUCCACCAAGUGCUACACUUAGUGAAAACACAAUGUUUGAUGUAGACAGCAAUUUCAUUUGUUCAU